AUGGAUCAGGGCUACGCAGCACUAUCUGCAGCCUUAAUGCUUCCCCUCUCAAACUCUAGGAGGCAUCACAUUCGCCUAUCAAUACCUAAGCAACAUGGAGAGAGUACUGGAUUAAAGGAGAGGCAAAUCGACUAUAAGCAUGCACUCAUCGUUAUCCACAAUAUUUUGCGAGAUGCAAGAUUAGGCCUAAUCCCAGUUGAACUCCAUGCGGCUAUAUGGACCGGAACAAUGCAAUCGUUUAUACAAGAACCUAUAGCCCGACCUCCAAUUAUAGGGGGCCGUAUUUCACGCGCACAUGACGAAGAUGGCAAACCAAUUCACCAUACUUAUGACAAGGGGCUCACACCUACUUUCCCAGAGCCACCACAGGAGCUACCUCACAUCCCCAUCAGUUACAAGGCUUUUGACCUCGAAGAGGAGUCUGCGUCAGAGGAUGCUACGCGAAACUUAUUCUGCUGGCUAUGGCUUGAAGGGUACCCUGGGAACGAAAAGGAAGUAUACAGCCACGAGUGGUUUGACCUUGGUGAUUCGGGCGAAGCGGACGAAGAAGCGUUAUGUGGAAACUCUGAACUCUCCUACUGCAGCAGAUGUAGAAGCCUGGCAAUCACAUAUUCAACUAUCAUAUUAUUUUCCGUAGACAAUCGCCGUCACCCCCGACCUCAGUGCUAUAACCUGGGCUGGCUUACUUUAACAAAGUUUGUCGUCGUUGCAAGCCAAAAUUUCCUCGCACGUGACCAAGAUUUGACUGAUAUCAUGACUUUAUACGACUUUGAUAAUUUUAUCAAUAUCAACCGGCCUGACUUUGACUCGAAUUUUUGA